AAGCAGCUUGUCAAAAAAAUGGAGACCACUAUUAUGGACCUCAGUCCCAGUCAUUGACCUACACGAAGAGGUGUGUUUUGAAGUACGAGAACCCUCUGAUCAUUUCAUGGAAUUUUCGCGUCUGGAACUUCACAUUAUCCCCGAGAGUGGCAUCAGGUUUUCCACUAUUAUAAACCGAGUCUUCGAUCAACGCACCACUCAUUCCCUUAAGAAACUCCUUCUCUGGAGUUUCCUAAACAGUUUCAAUUCUAACCAUGUCAUGGCUUGGGUAUCAUUCGCCAUUGCGGGUAACGUUGAGGAGAUUGAACUCACCUUUUCAAUGGAAGAAAGCAUCAAAUUCCCUAAUACCCUUUUCACUUCCAAAGAAAACAUCGAACUCCCUAUUACCCUUUUCACUUGCAAAACACUCAUGGUUUUAAAGCUCCAUGGCUGCAUCCACAUCAAGAAUGUUCCUUCCUCUGUCCACCUUCCCUUGCUUAAGAUUGCCGACAUCACUGAUGUUUGCUUCCCAUAUGUUCCUUUUGUUUCCUUUGUCACCACUUUCCUUUCUGGAUGUCCCCUUCUUGAACAGCUUUCAGCGAAUCUGUCUCCCUCUGGCUCCGUCAAAAUCUCUAAUCCUCUGUUGAAGAAGCUCUGUAUUUAUAGUGGAUAUAACAGCAUACAUGGACAUGAUGUUGCCAAGCUCGAAAUCAACACCCCCUCUCUCCUAUUCCUUGAUAUUCAAGCUACUUCAAUCCUAGAUUAUUCGGUUGAGAAUGUUGGAAAUUUGGUGGAAGCAAGGCUUAUGGUUUCUGAGGAAAAUGGCCCUGUGGAUUUUGUGUUGAAUCUUUUCAAAGCAAUUCGUGAAAUUAGGAUUAUGUCUUUGUCUUAUGGUCACAUAGAGGUCUUUGAUAAAAUUUGUAAUAUAGAUCUUCCCGAAUUUUGCAAUUUGGUUCGCUUGGAGCUAAGUCAUUAAUUAUUAUUGCUAUAAAUCGGAGUUGCUGGUAAAGUUCCUUCAAAAAUGCCCCAAGCUUGAAGUUCUUAUCAUUAAGAGGGUUUGUUCAAUUAAUUCCAAGGUUUUAUUUUGGUAUGUAUA